AUGGAGGCCAUCAAAGCAGCUUUUGCGAGAUGCAGCACCGAAGGCCGAGCUGCCCUGAUCACAUAUGUGAUGGCUGGCUACCCCUCUGUUGACAAAACGCUGGAGAUCGUGAUGUCCAUGCAAGCCGGUGGUGCAGAUAUCAUCAAGCUUGGAGUCCCAUUCACUGACCCCAUGCUCGAUGAACCAACCAUCCAACGAGCCAACGCCAAAGCCCUUGAGAAUGGCGUCCGCAUCCCUGCCAUACUGCAAAUGGUCAAGUCUGCUCGGAAGCAGGGUCUUAAUGUGCCUGUGCUUCUCGUGGGGUAUUACAACCCUGUUUGUGCAUAUGCGUACGGCGAGGAGAAGAUGCUACGCGACUGCCAAGCUGCUGGCGUAGAUGGGUUCAUCAUUCUUGACCUUCCCCCCGAAGAAGCAGUGCGGUUCCGUAAUUUGUGCACUGAUAAAGGCCUCUCGUAUAUCCCUGUUGUCGCCCCUUCCACUCCGGACGCCCGUGUGCAGAUGCUUUGCAGCACCGCUGACUCCUUUGUCUAUAUUGUUUCUCAGGUCGGGAUUAAUGGUAUCUCUGACGAUCUGCAUGGGAAUUUAGUCCGGCUGCUUGAUGGUGUACACACAUGCACUGGAAAAUCAAUUCCAGCAGCUGUUGGAUUCGGUAUCAGCACCCGUGAACAGUUUGCUGAAGCGUCUCGUCUCGCUGAAGGAGUCGUCAUUAACAGCUCGAUUGUCUCCAUCUUGGAGAAUUCGUCUUCUGGGACGGGUGCUCAUAACGUCAAGGAGUAUUGUCUCCAAGUUGCCGGUCGCACUGAGGAUCAAAUCAUCAUCCCAGAAAGAAAGAUUCAAGUUGCCCAACUCAUGUCACCCACUACUAUCUACAUCGGAUCCAACGAUGGAGCCAACGACACACCCGAAGAUAAGAACAAAGCCACCAGCGCCCGCUUCGGAUCCUUCAGUGGCCAAUACGUCCCCGAAUUCUUGAUCGAAUGUCUCGCCGAGCUGGAAACCGGUUUCACGGCAGCAAAUGCCGACCCGACAUUCUGGGCUGAGAUAGCCUCCUACGCAUCCUACACCAACAGACCCUCUGCCCUACACCUCGCCCCACGCCUGACCGAACACGCCGGCGGAGCACGCAUCUGGCUGAAACGCGAAGACCUAAACCACACCGGCAGCCACAAGAUCAACAACGCGCUAGGCCAAAUCAUCCUCGCCCGCCGACUCGGCAAAACCUCUAUAAUCGCCGAAACAGGCACAGGCCAGCACGGCGUUGCAACAGCCACACUCUGCGCCCAGUUCGGCAUGAAAUGCACGAUCUUCAUGGGUUCCUCGGAUGUCGAGCGUCAGUCCACGGACGUCUUCCAGAUGCGCAUUCUCGGCGCAACAGUCAUUUCCGUUGACGGCGUAGCCGGCGAGAAGGGCACGCUCCGCAAUGCAAUCAACGAAGCGUUCCGCACCUGGGCGGCUGAUAUAAAAGAGACACAUUUCGUGAUCGGCUCUGCGUUCGGCCCCCAUCCGUUCCCGACUAUCGUGCGCACGUUCCAGGCUGUCAUUGGCUCCGAAACACGUGCGGAGUUCCGUGCGAUGAACGCGGAUAAACUCCCCGAUGCGGUAGUUGCUUGUGUUGGCGGUGGAUCAAAUGCUGUAGGCAUGUUCCAUGCUUUCCUGGAGGAUUCCGCUGUCGCUCUUGUUGGUGUUGAGGCGGGUGGUGACGGACAUUUGGCGGGUCAGCAUUCUGCUUCGCUGGGUCGUGGAUCUGUUGGUGUUCUGCACGGAGGGCAGAGUUAUGGGCUCCAAGAUGAGAAUGGGCAGAGCGCCAGGACACAUUCUGUUUCUGCUGGUCUUGAUUAUCCUGGCGUUGGGCCUGAAUUGGCCAGUUGGAGGGAGUCUGGUCGUGCUAAGUUUAUCUCCGCUACUAAUACUGAGGCUCUGGGUGCGUUCUCUCUACUCAGUCGCAUGGAGGGUAUUACGCCUGCUUUGGAGAGUGCCCAUGCUAUUGCUGGCGCUGUCCGUGUUGCAAAGGACUUGGGGCCUGGUCGGGAUGUUAUUGUUUGUCUUAGUGGACGUGGUGAUAAGGAUGUUCAGACUGUUGCUGAUACUCUACCUACUCUUGGAGAGGAAGAGGUUUAA